AAAAUCAGCACUCCCUCGUUAAAAACCGCCACGAACACUCAAAAUCUCCAUUUCACUUUAAAAAAGAAGUGGAAAGAAGAAGACGAAAAACAAACUCUCUCCGCGGGAUUCAAAUUUCAAACAAUGUUCCAAGAGCGUCACGGCGGCGGAGCUCCGCCGCAUGGGAUCAUACUCGCGGUGGUCGUAGGGAUCGUGGUGCUGGUCCCGUUCUUCCUCGGCGACGGCGGCGAGGUCGUCACGGAGGCGUUCGCGGAGCUCCUGAGCCCCGUCGGUCUCCUCCUCCUCCCGAUCGUCCUUCUCCUCACGAUCCAGUUCCUCUCCUCCGAUCGUGGAUCAUUCGUGUCCUCCAUCUUCUCCACCGGAGAGCCCGAUUCCAUCCACCGAGCCAGCGGAUCUCCUGUCGGCGUCGCUCUGUUCCUCGUCCUGAUCCUCUUCCUCCUCUACAACCGCGUCUCCAUAUUCGGCGGUGACGAUUCUGGCGACUGAUGCGACGCCAUUUCAGAUCUAGAUCCGCUUUUUAAAAUAUAUUUUUUCCCUUCCGGUUCACACUUGAGGAGCAGAAUUUGUAGUGAACUAUUGAGAGCAAGAGUGGUGAAAUUAUCCAAAGUGCCUUAUCUGAUCCCAUAUCCGUUCUCAAUUCGAAAAAUUAGAAAAUUCAGAUAUUUUUGGAUA